GAAAUUUCAGUCAUUUCAACCAGAUUGCCGUUUGACUUCAAUCUCCGGUUGGUCAAAGGUUGUUUUCUGAUAUUUCUGAAAACACGGGGGUGAAUUUGAUACUGGACCGAACGGGGUGAUUUUAUUAUAGUUUUAAUAACCGCCCUAAAAUUUUCUUACGACAAGGUUAGAAAAGUCAAAGUCGGACAAGGAAAAACCCACAACGGAGCACGAGCGGGUCAUUCAAGUAUCCGGUUUCAGUACCGUGAACCAAGAGACAGAGUAACAGUCAGUCUUGUAAGUCCAAAGCCCUCUCCUCCCCCGUUUCCGUUUCCGGCAGCCUGACUGAAUAACCCGAAAGCAGUGGAAGAGCUGCAUAAGCUAUUUUGAUGAUUCGGUAGUACUCAAAUCUUCGAUCCUCUUCGUUGAUCAGAAUUAUUUAAUUGCAAAAAUGAGGAAGCGCGACUUGGCAAUUCUUAUGCUCUCCGCCUUCGCUAUCUUCUUUUCUCUCCAGCAUGAAGGUGAUUUUUCGUUCAAAGAGGCGUGGUUUCAUAUGUCGGAUGAAUACCCCAUUAAAUACGAGGCGGAGCGGUUACCGCCGCCCAUUGUCGCUGAUCUGAACGGUGAUGGGAAAAAGGAGGUUCUUGUGGCAACUCAUGACGCCAAAAUCCAGGUUUGAGACCUUACCUCCGGAAGUUGCAGUUUUGAAUUUGGAGGGUAAAAGGAAAUCUAAACACUGACGCUUAAUCUUUGACUUCUAAUCGCGUAUCAUUUUAUGAAGAAUGCAUAGAAGAUGUCUAGAAAAGAGCUACUAGUUGUAGAAUGGCCAUAUACUUCAAAAUUUAAGUUGCUCAUGAAGGCUACUAGUUGUAGGGGUGGCUAGUUGCAUCCGUAGAAUCCUAUAAUGAUUUGCUUCCUGGAAGCUAAUCUACAAAUUACUACAACAGUUUGGUGGCUUGUGGCUGGUUGAAUGUUGCUUAUCAUGGUUUUUGUCAACCAUAUGUUAUUUACAGAAGUGUUUCAUCAAAUGGGUAUUCUCCGAUUUGAAUGUCCUGUUUGUUAAAGUUUUUGGCUUUACGUGCAUAUAUUGUUCACUAGUCUUCUUUCAGUUUUAAUGUUCUUUUCCAUCGGCCUAUUAGAUUUUGGAGCCACAUACUAGGCGUGUAGAUGAAGGAUUCAGAGAAGCACGUGUUCUUGCAGAGGUGUCCCUCUUGCCAGACAAAAUUCGUGUAUCAUCAGGGAGACGUGCUGUGGCAAUGGCCACUGGUGUCAUAGAUCGUAAUUACAAUAAAAAAGAACCUCGAAAACAGGUGCUUGUUGUUGUUACGUCAGGUUGGUCGGUAAUGUGUUUUGAUCACAACCUCAAAAAGCUCUGGGAUGUGAACCUGCAGGAGGAUUUUCCGCAUAAUGCUCAUCAUAGAGAGAUAGCUAUUUCCAUUAGCAAUUAUACAAUAAAGCAUGGAGAUUCUGGCUUGAUUAUUGUUGGUGGGAGAAUGGAGAUGCAGCCUCAUCUUCAUGUAGAUCUCUUUGAGGAAAUCGAAUUUGCUGAGAAAACUGCUGAGCAACACAGAAGAAGCGCUAGUGAGAAGGAAGUUUCCGAGAAUACAGGAAUGGUGGAUUUACGCCAUUUUGCAUUCUAUGCAUUUGCUGGUCGAACAGGCCAACUUCGUUGGAGCAGAAAGAAAGAGGAUAUUGAAGCUCAUCAGUCAGAUGCAUCACAGUUGAUUCCCCAGCACAAUUACAAGCUUGAUGCUAAUUCUUUAAAUAGCCGCCACCCUGGAGAGUUUGAAUGUAGGCAAUUUCGAGAAUCCAUCCUUGGCGUUAUGCCUCAUCAUUGGGAUCGGCGUGAGGACACCUUGCUAGAGCUAGCACAUUUCAGACGUCAUAAGAGGAAAGCUGUGAAGAAGACAUCUGGGAAGACCACCAAUUAUCCUUUUCACAAACCAGAAGAAAAUCAUCCCCCUGGAAAAGAUACAACAAAAAGAAUUUCAAAUGCAAUUGGGAAGGCAGUAAACUAUGCUAAAUCGGCAAAAUCCAUGAAGCCUUUCCAGUAUAUACCAACCAUAACAAACUAUACGCAACUUUGGUGGGUUCCUAAUGUUGUUGUUGCUCAUGAAAAAGAAGGGAUAGAAGCUGUUCAUUUAGCAUCAGGUCGCACGUUAUGCAAGCUUCAUCUUCAAGAAGGGGGUCUUCAUGCUGAUAUUAAUGGCGAUGGUGUUCUAGAUCAUGUGCAGGCCGUGGGGGCUCAUGGUGCUGAACAAACUGUUGUUAGUGGAUCCAUGGAAGUACUGCGGCCUUGUUGGGCUGUUGCAACAUCUGGAGUUCCUGUGCGGGAGCAGCUUUUUAAUGCUUCUAUUUGUCAUCAUUCUCUUAAUCUAUUCCCACAUGGGGAUUUUUCGAGAGCCUUUGCGCGAAUGCAUGACACGAGUUCCUUAGAAGUGGCUACUCCUAUUCUCAUACCAACAAAUGAUGGCCAUCGUCAUCGUAAGGGGAGCCAUGGUGAUGUCGUUUUCUUAACAAAUAGAGGCGAGGUGACAUCAUAUUCCCCCGGUUUGCUUGGCCAUGAGGCUACUUGGAAUUGGCAAAUACUGACUGGUGCAACAUGGUCAAAUCUACCAUCUCCCGCAGGGUUGAUGGAAGCUGGUCAGGUGGUCCCCACCUUGAAGUCAUUUCGCCUGCGUGCACAUGAUAGCAGAGAAUUAAUCCUUGCUGCUGGAGAUCAAGAAGCUUUAGUUUUGUCUCCUGGUGGAAGUAUAUUGGCAACGGUUGAGCUUCCAGCAGCACCGACACAUGCCUUGGUCACUGUGGACUUCUCAAAUGAUGGGUUUACUGACCUAAUUCUUGUGACUUCCAAUGGGGUUUAUGGCUUUGUUCAAACCAGGCAACCAGGUGCACUCUUCUUUAGCACGCUUGUAGGUUGCCUUAUCAUCGUUAUGGGAGUCCUUUUUGUCUCCCAACACCUGAAUUCUGCCAAAGGAAAGCCUCGAGCCUCGUCAGGUCAGUUUUGAAAACUCUAGUGUUUUGUCAGCUGAGAAACCCAGUGCUGAUUGACUUGUUCCAGUUGAAACACUUUUAAGUUAACGAAGCAUCACCCACUUUUCUAACUGUCGAAGAAAGAAUGGCGUAUCAGUAGGUGGACCACCUGCCCCGGCAGGGCAGGAACUAAUUUGAGAGUGAUGAUCGAGUUUUGUAAACGGUUUCGGUCCUUUCCUUUGUCAUAGUUCCCUGUAAAAGUUGUGGAAAUAUUUCUAGAAGUGAUAUUGCAUAGGUCAGUGUAACCUUUCGAUAAUACGAAUUCAUAUUUAUUGACGUCGCCUUGUACAAUCCUCUUUACAGUUUCCUAACGCCUCUUUACAUCAGUGGAUGCUUAAAAUGUUUGUUGUAUGUGGAAUGUAUAAGGAUGCGUUUAUGAAACGCUAACAAUUGACAAUGACACUGAGAAGAUAAUGGUGAAUAUGAGAUGGUAGUGUAUGUUUGCAGUUUACCCGGAAGAAGGGUACAUAAAGAGCGUCAGAAGUUGAUCUUAAUUAUUAUUGGUUUGUUGUCAAUAAUAAAAUCAGGUCAGAUACAACUAAAACAGUACUACCACUAAGAGUGAAAAAGGGUAACUGAGUGAAGUCAUCUUCAAAGUUGUUAGCAUGUUGUUACUUAAGAAUCAAUGUGUCUUACAUUCAUAAUCCAUACAAGCAGUGCCCAAGUGUUGUGGUGGUAGUAGUAGUAGUAGUAGUAGUAGUAACAAAGUGAAGAUCCUCGUGAAUGAUAUCUGGCAAGUGAUCCCCUGCUACACUUUCAGAAGAGAUGGUACCGAAACGAAAACAGGGAAGCAUUGAUGAUGGCGACACAUGAUCCCGACGCAAUUAAGGAUAACAAACUCAUCAAGUCAUAAUGAGCAUUGGUGCUACUAGUAACUACAAAGUUUUUUUCUUUAAAAAAAAAAAAAAGACUCCCCCUUCCCAGAAAGGAAAGAAACACAUUUUCCUGCGGAACAAAUCCCAAUCUUACGCAUGAUUUGCAUGUCCUCUCCCCCUUCAACAGUGUUGUGUCUUUUAAACCACUGACAACGAUCACACAUCCUCACAACUGCAUUUCUUUCCU